UUGGAAGGGAAUUAAAGUUAACUUUAGUCGAGCACUAUUUUUCAGCAAGCAGUGAAAUGUCAAGUUGUCAACAAAACGAAAAUAUUCGACUGUAUUGUUUUCCGCAAUAGUUCAAUAACUAUUAUAUUUUUGUUUAAUGUUCGAAAAUGAAUGUAACGCUAGUGAGCUUGGAGGCAUUAUUACUAAAAGCUACGCACGAAUCCCUGCCAUGUCCGGACGCUCCAGCAUUGGAGGCCUUCUGCAGUGUGAUGCGGGACUCCUCAGAAGGCCCGCAGUUGGCAGCCCAGACGCUAUCAAAUCGCAUCCACACACAAAACGCCCGAGAGGCACUGUUAGCCCUCUCAACCGUAGAUCGUUGUAUGCGCAAAUGCGGGCCGGCUUUUCAUGCGGAAAUUGGUAAAUUUAGGUUCCUGAAUGAAAUGAUAAAACUAGUGUCGCCUAAAUACUUUGCUAAUAGGACAGCACCUGAAGUUCAAACUAAGGUACUUCAGCUACUACAUGCUUGGUCAAUUGAAUACCCCAAGGAGUCUAAAUUUAAAGUAGCAUAUGAAAUGUUGAAAAACCAAGGGGUGGUAAAAGAAACUCCUCCACCCCUGCCCCCAGAAGAUGUGGUUGUUAGUCCUCGGAAUAAAAAUGCUAUAUUUGAGGAUGAGGAAAAAUCUAAGCUGCUACAGAAGCUGUUGCAGAGCAAGAAGCCUGAAGAUUUACAGCAUGCAAAUAGGCUCAUUAAAAGUAUGGUCAGAGAAGAGGAGCGUCGCACCGAGGCGAACUUCCGGCGGGCUCACGAGGUAGCGUGCGCGCUGGACAGCGCCGGGCUGCUGCGGGACAUGCUCCGGCACGCGAACGCCGCCACGCCCGACGAGCUACAGCUCAUUCGCGAGCUGUUCGCGCGCUGCGCCCGCCUGCGGCCCACGCUGCAGCGCCUCGCGGCCGCCACCACUAGUCAGGACAACCUAGAUGACAUACUUAGUUCAAUUGAUCUCUUAGACGAAGUGGGUGAGCAAUAUAAACGGUGCAUGCAGCAACAAACCAAAAAAGAAACAGAAGACAAGCCCACAAACGAUAGUCUACUAGACUUUGCCGGGGCACCAACAAACGACAAGCCCAGUGUUGUCCAAAGCCCGGCUAUAGAUGAGCUUGGUGAUAUAUUUUCUGCCAAAGAUGGACCCAGCAAUAUCGCUGAGCCGUUGAAACCAGUGAACCUUAUGUCUAAUGGGAAGGAUAGUGAUGACGUUGAUGUUCUCGGAGAUAAACCCGCCAAAACUGAAGGAUGGAACGAGCUGGACUCGCUCGGAGCGCAACUUCUUCGCCAGUCUUUGCCCGACAGCGCGAAACGAGUAGACAAUUUUAACAGUAAACCAGUGAAAAAGGUCCCCAUGAACGAAUUAGAAAAGCUCUCGCCAAAGCAAAGCGAAUUACCAAAGAACGGCGUUUUCGACUUAGACUUCUUUACCAAAAAAACCGAAAACAAACACAGUCCUAUAGAAAUCAAAAAUCCCACAGAAGACAUUCCUAUAAGUCCCAAUGAUGAUGUCAUGGUAGAUAUAUCAGAGAAUGCUUGUGUUCAAGAAGAAAUUAAGAAACCAUUUGAAAUAAAAAGUCCAGUAACUAAAGAUACAAUGACAGUAGAACCGUUAACAGAUGUCUACGUAGAUUUGGGGAGUGUCACACCGAGCCAGGUGCCUGCGAUGGUUGCUUUCAAAGAGGACGCCGGGGUGACGGUGGUGUUGCAGUUCUGUAAGGACAGGCCGAGGAGAGACGUUAGCGUGGUCGUGGUGGUGACCACCAAUAACAGCCAUCAUGAGAUUGAAGAAUAUAAGUUCCAACCUGUGGUGCCAAAGGGUUGCAAAGUCCGCCUCCUCCAGCCCUCCGGCACAUCUCUGCCCCGCUACAACCCGUACGAGACGCCAUCUUUGAAGCAAGUCAUGCUGCUCGCCCGCCCCGCCUCCAACCCGCCCGUGAACCUCAAGUUCGUCAUCACCUAUUCUUCUCAGGAUGAACCCUGCUCCGAGAUCGGCGAGGUCGCUAGGUUGCCCCUUGACGAGAUAUAAUAGUUUCGGUCUUGCGGUUUCUAGAACCAUACAUUCAAACUGAACGGCGCAUUUAUACCAGGGGUUACUGAACUGUGCAUCUCGAAAUAGCAAAUAAAAUUAGAACAUGUAAAGGGUACACACUACAAAAAAACAUUGGGAAUCCCUGGUCUAGGCAACGGAAUAAUAAAAAUGACAUUAACCCUUUCACCGUCAAAGACGUCAACUGACGCCCGCGGCUACAGCCAAUCAACAGGCGUGGCGUUCAAAGGGUUAAAUGACGCAACACUUAUUAUGCACAUCUUUUGCUCGAUGAUUCUCUUCAACGUAACUCAACAGCUGGUUACAAGUGUACACAACGUUACAAUUCCCGCAAAAAUUCCAACAUGACAUCAUUCAAUGUGUUUCGCCCCAAAAUGGCCUAGAUGUGGUUUGAAUGUAAGGUCCUUGGUUUAAACCAUUGACAAACGAAUACUAAGAAAGUAGUGCAAAAUGUUUAACCGCAAUUUUGACAGAUGAUAUUGAAUUGAUGGUGCAGUUAGCGUUUGACAACUUAGUUACAGGUUGUCGUUGAGAUUCAAGAUGGCGAAGACGUCUCGAGAAUAUUUUUUUGUGGUUUGCUCGUUCAUGUAGUUUAAAGUGUAAUAUUGAUAGCUUAUUAUGCAGUGAACUAUCGUGGAAGUGUGCAGCUAAUGAAAAAGUAGCUGUGAAAUAAUCGGACAGACAGACGGACAUGACGAAUCUAUAAGGGUUCCGUUUUUUGCCAUUUGGCAACGGAACCCUAAAAACUGAUGUUGAAACUCGUUUAACCAUGUAUUAAUCAACACCCGGCAUUCCACUGUGGCUUUUAGUAAAGUCCAGCUAUCUCUUUACUAAAAGCAACUACCGAAACUACUGAACAACGACACUUGACAUUGGCAUAAUCAUCAUAGAUUUGAUGGCCAUAUUUAAAAAAAGGACUUGGUUACAGUAAAGUGUACCGGGUCUAACAGCGCCAUCUAUUUCAUUUGUUAGUUUUAUUAAUAUUUUGCACUACGCGUCUUAAGCUGCGUUUUCACUUCGUGUUCUGAAGAGUUCUGAGGGAGUAAUUUCGUACACGGCGGGAAGAACUCGAGAUAUAAAAUUGAAGAAAUUUGAACCUUACGUAUUUCUGUUUUAAGUUCUAAUUUCUUCAAUUUUAUAUCUACACGAGUUAUCAACUUCUUCCCGCCGUGUACGGAAUUGUUCGUUCGUCCGGUUAAUAGAAACAUUUGCUCCAAUAGUAAAUGUGAAGAGCGAACAUUUGCUCAAAACAACAUGUUUGCCCAGAACACUAACCCCCUUAUUCAUAAACGUGUACUAAAGUUACGAUGCCGCUAAUCAUCGUUUGUCCCUUUCCGACGUAUUGGUAUGAUGGAACGGGACACGAUUAUUAGCGGCAUCGUAACUUUAGUACACGUUUAUGAAUAAGGGGAUAAGUGCAUACGCGGCUUUAUUUAAGCUUUGUGUACGGUCGUACCAGGUUACGCUUCAGGCUUAUUUUGAUUCAAUUGAGCUUUCAAAUAGUGCAGCAUAAAAUAACUCUGGAACUAGGAACGACAAAAGUAUGUGUAUGGAUGGAAAAAAAUACAAAACGCUCUCAUUUUGUAUUUGUAAAAAUGCGUUUAUUUCCUAGAUAAAUGAUCCAUAAAGUACUUAAACCAGAGAGAGAAAUAAGAUCUUAUCGCAUAUAGUUCAGUUACUAGAAAAAAAAACCUUAUUUAAGUAUAAGGAAAUAAAGACAAACAAUGACAUUGUUUGACAAGUUUCAUUAUUUAAAGUCUAUGAUCUGAUUAUUGUUUAAACUAAGCUUAACAUAUUUAUGAGAUGACUUUAUAUUCUAAUUUAUUACGCUGUUUUAAUCUUUUUCAUUUGCAAUAUGUUAUGGUCUCAAAUUAAUUUAAGUUUAAAUAUCGAUGGUCGUAUUUGCACGAUUCGGACAUACACUAAAAGUGCACAUUGGAACGCUUUAAUCUUAUCAUACCUCGUGUCUAAAACCCCACUUACAUGGAACUUGCAUGCGUUAUUCGUUACAUUGCGGUAUUUGGUCGAUCGACUGAAUUCAAUUCGUUAUUGUACUCUGUAGUUAGCAAAUGUAUCGAGUAUUGCAUGCAAGUUCUUCGCCGUGUAAAUUGGGCUUAUGGGACUGUGCGCGUUGUAAGGUCUGUCACCUUGUAGCCUAAAUCGAACACUAACUUGGCUUUGACUCUUCGCGGCAAUUAAAAGGUGCCUCCGGUGCUGCCCCCUACAAUUUAGAAUAGAAUUAUUUUUAUUCGUAAACACAAGACAGAAAGUAUUAAUGGCCUCAUCUCAGCAUUGCUAGUGGCUUCCAUCGCUGGUAUUCCGAUGAUACCGUCAAGUGAGAAGAAACGAGCGAGUUUAUUACUUACCGUAAAUUAACCGAAGGUUAUCAAACAACUAUUCAUUUAAACCCUUUUACCUAUAGGUAUAGAUCGUUUAACUCGGACCGUUGGCGAGAAAUUAUCACGUUUGCAAAACUUGCAAAGAAGAAUUGAUAGGUACUUAAACGAGAUGUGGUCCCCAACUAUGUUACCGUCUACUAGAAAACUUUUUUUUAAUGAUAUAGUACCUAAGCAGACGAAUCGCCUGAUGGUAAGCGAUUACCGUCGCCCAUACACGCCCGCAACACCAGAGAAGUUGUGAAACUGGCGCGCUCCUAGCCCUUUAACUGGUGGAGUUAAAUUUAUGGUUGCUUUUUGGUCAGUGGUGUACUUUUAGCGUUUGUCUGUGACCUGAUUUUGUUUCGGUAUUGGCAAGGUGCGAAGUCGGUGGAGGGAGAAGUGGGGCUGGUUGUCACAAACACGCGUAAUCUUAUGGAAUGUCAUACAAUAAGACUGCAUCGACCGUCCAGUGGCGCCCUCAUUGGGGGAAUUGUGUUUUCUAAUAAACCAAUUAAUUGAUGUAUAAAUCAGUAUAUUACCAUUGUUCUACUGAUUCCCCAAUUUUAGGUUUUUGUCACAUAGCUUUAAUUUUACUUAUUUUUCGCUUUAUCAAGUAAAUGGCAAAUGGUGUCCACAUUUUUCCGUUCAGGUGAUAAAGCAAAGUAGAACUAUAUUCGUCAGGUGACAAGCAAAACUCACUAAUUACCACCACAAGUUCAUAGCCAUAAUGAACCAUAUUACUACUAAAAUACAGUUGAGUUUUGCUUGUCACCUGACGAUAUGUGACAAAGGCUAUAAGUUGGGGAAUCGGUAGGACAACAAAACUAAUGUACUAAUUUGUGCAUAAAUUAAUUGGUUUCUUAGAAAACACAAUUCCCCAAAGAGGACGCCACUGGGCGGUCGAUACAGUCUUAAUGCUAGCGGCAGCCGUUGGAACUAAUUGUAAUCCAUAAGAUGUAACGUAGAAAAACUCAUAAAAGGAGGGCAGCACCAUUCGUGCACCUAGCGAAUACUUUGUGUUUAGUGGGCGUAUAUUAUUGAGUGAGAUAAUAUUUUAAAUAUGUGUAUAUUUUGUUCUAGUCGAAAUUCCAUUGAAAUUUGCAUUUAUGACAUUCCAAACAUGACUUAGUACUUAUAAUUAUUGUGUUUUUAUUCUCCAGGGAGCAUUUAUGUAUGUGCUUUAUAAUUAUUUUUAAGGAUCGGGUAGCAGUAUUAGUGUAAUACAAGAGUUACUAAUUUAAGAUAACGUCCUAUUGGUUAUAUUUAUUUACAAUAUAUUUUGACCAGAAACUCGUAGCUUUGAAAUUAACUAAUAAUGUGUAUUUUUCCUUAUUCGUGUUUCAUGAUGGGAUGUAGUUAUUUACGAUACCAGUGCGGAAAGUAAGCAAUUCGUGAGCGGCGAUAAUUUAAAAUACGCCCGAAAGGGCGUUUUAAAUCGAGACGAGUUGCGAAUUCCCCACCCCUACCACCUAUUCGCACGUGUAUCGUACGUUUUACAGUACAUAUGGCCCUUUAAUCUUUCGACAUGCCUAUGUCACGGAGAGUGCUCAUUCCCGCACUAGCGCGGGAAAGUAGCACCAUAUGUACUAUAAUAGUACAUUACGAUACAAGUGCGAAAAAUAGGAAAUUCGAAACGAGUGGCGAUAAAUUAAAACACGACCGAAGGGAGUGUUUUAAAUCGACACGAGUUGCGAAUUACCUAUUUGCACAUGUAUCGUACAACGUUUUACAGUACAUAUGGCCCUUUAAAUGUUCGACAUAGUAACGUAAUAUGCUAAUUUUCGCACUAGUACGGUAAAGUAGCACCAUAUGUACUGUAAAAAAAUUAACUGUUCGGUUAUUUCUUCCAGACCGCUUUUGAUUAAUCAUAUUUUGACGACCGGUUUGGCCUAGUGGGUAGUGACCCUGCCUACGAAGCUGGUGGUCCCAGGUUCAAAUCCUGGUAAGGGCAUUUCUUCGUGUGAUGAGCACGGAUAUUUGUUCCGGAGUCAUGGGUGUUUUCUAUGUAUUUAAGUAUUUAUACAUAUUUAUAUAUUAUAUAUAUCGUUGUCUAAGUACCCUCAAUACAAGCCUUAUUGAGCUUACUGUGGGACUUAGUCAAUUUGUGUAAUAAUGUCCCAUAAUAUUUAUUUAUUUAUUAUUUAUAGUUACCCAAUACGGUUACGCAAGAUACCUUUUUGAUAAUAUAGACAUAUUUUAGGUAGUUAACAGGUUUCUGGUUAAAAUGUUACAAUUAGUUGUUCACAAAGAGACAUUGCUUAGCUGCAUAUGUCUAGAACUUUCUUUAUAUUACUAUAUUGACAAAUAUAAAUGUGUUCUUAUCUUAUUAAAUAUGCAAGAGAAUUUGAAAUAAGAGGUAUUGUCAAAGACAAUUUUGUAGCCACGUAAAUUAACUGCCAUCUUUCGACACAUGAUUAAAACUUUUAGAACGCCAUUUGAACAUAUCAAUGAAAGAAUAAGGAUGAAAGUCAAAUGGCGUUCUAAAAGUUUUAAUCAUGUGUCGAAAGAUGGCAGUAAAUUUACGUGGCUACAAAGUUUUCUUUGACAAUACACCUCUAUUUCUAAUUCUCUUUGUUAAAUAUGUAGGGUAAACUACCCGAUGAUUGGCACUAAAAAGUAUCUCCUACCAGGCAACAUAGGAAAGCUACCACUGCUACCUUAAAAUACGGUUCAAGGUGCCAACCAUUGUUGAGAUGCCGACAAUAGAGACGUUUACCCCACAUGUUCUCUGUUUUGUCACAAAAGUAUUUAUUUUAGUGCUGUCUGAAUAAGAAUAUUUGUGAUAUGCUGGAGGUUAUAGGUGUAAUAUAAUAUAUAUUGUUUGAGCAGUUUUAUAUAAUGUGGACUGUGAGUUGUAUUAUAUCUUGAUUUAAAAUAAAUGUAUUGAAAUAUGUUUGUUUUA